AUGUCAAAAAAAAAGCAACCAACUUCUACUGAUAUCUUUAUUGACCGUAUUAAGGGAAACAUUAAACUAGUUAAAUCUUUCUAUGAUCCAUUUACACCAAAGUUGGAUGGUAAUUUAGAAAAUUGGAAAGACAAUUGGAAGAAGUACAAUCUAGAUUUGCACGCUAAGAUAGUACAAGAAAAAAUUGAUUUGAACUGGAUUGAAUUUUGUAGCAGAUUUAAUUUAUGCGAAUCAUUGUAUAAUUCAAUCAAAAAAAAGGAAUUCGAUUCUUCAAAUCUGAAAAACAAAGAAAUAAACAGAUUGAUUAGAGAAACUAUUCCAGAUCCUGGAAAUGUUUAUUCAAAUCUUUACUCAAUAACAAUGUUUUGGAGGAAAUCAUAUGACAAUUUGACUUUGAUAAUUGAAGAAUUUGAUAAAGAAAAAAUUCCCCGAGAAAAAAUACUCGAAAAAUUGAGAUGUUCAAACAUUACAAUUAAUUAUUUUCAGGAAGUUGGUCCUCAAGAUAUUAAGAAAUUAAUUAGUUGUUUAAUGAAAAAAGAUAAUUAA